AUGGCCUCUCCUGAACCUAUCGGUGGUUCCGCUGCCCUUUUUACCAAUCAAGGUGAGGGUGAAGUUGAUCGGGCUGAGCUCAAGAAUCAGGAUGAUGCCGCCUUGUUGCAAACUAUGGGCUAUAAGCCAGUUCUUCAUCGGACAUACACUUUGGUCGAGAAUUUCUCGACCACAUUCGCUGCGCUUUACUUUGUCGGUGGUGUUCGCGUUACGUUUAGCACGGGUAUUGCCGCCGGGGGAAACCUGGCCUAUUGGACUAGUUAUCUAGUGACCAUGGUCUUUACCUUCAUUACCGCUGCUGUCAUCGCGGAGGUUUGUUCGGCGUCUCCAUCCGCCGGGUCGAUCUAUUUGUGGGCCGCCGAAGCUGGUGGGCCUCGAUUUGGCCGACUCCUUGGCUUUAUCGUUGCCUGGUGGAGUACAACGGCUUGGACCACAUUCUGUGCAAGCAAUACCCAGGCUGCGGUGAACUAUAUGCUUGCGGAAAUCACCGUAUUCAACCUUGAUUUCCCAUCAGACCCAAGUAGUGUCAAAUUUCGCGCAGUCCAGUGGAUCUGCACUGAGAUCUUGCUUGCCCUGGCCGUCCUGUUGAACUUUUUGCCUCCUCGAUAUUUCAGAUAUGUCUUCUGGGGGUCAUCCGCAGUGGUCAUGCUCGACUUCGUCCUCAACGUUAUCUGGCUCCCCAUUGGAACCGCUCAAACCUGGGGAUUCCGUACCACUCACGAGGCCUUUAUGACCACGUACAACGGUACCGGAGCACCCGCGGGCUGGAACUGGUGUCUUUCUUAUCUUGCUACCGCUGGCAUUUUGAUUGGAUUCGAUGCAUCGGGUCACGUGGCGGAAGAAACCAAGAAUGCCUCUAUUACUGCUGCUCGGGGUAUCUUCUGGAGUACCGUUGCUAGUGGAUUUGGGGGGUUGGCUACGAUCAUUCUGUUUUUGUUUUGCGCGCCCAACGCCGACACACUUCUGGGCUUUGGCGGGCCCCAACCCUUUGUGCCUCUUUACGCUGUGGUUCUGGGCAAGGGCGGUCAUAUCUUCAUGAACGUGAUCUGCGUUUUCGCGUUAUGGCUGAACACCGCCAUUGCGAUCAUCGCCGCUUCUCGUCUUGUCUUUGCCGUCGCCCGUGAUGGCGUCCUUCCCUUCUCGGGUUGGGUUUCUCGGAUUAACAACGGUCAGCCACGGAACGCAGUUAUCGUUGUCUGGAUUGUCAGCGCGCUGGUCACUUGCACCAUUCUUCCAUCCGCGACGGCGUUUACCUCCCUCGUCUCGGCAGCCGGUGUUCCCAGCGCUGCGGCUUACGGUCUGAUCUGCUUGGGUCGACUUUUGUGCACUCCGACGCGCUUCCCGAAGCCCCAGUGGAGUCUCGGCCGCUGGAGUAAGCCAUUCCAGUUCAUUGGUGUCUUCUGGAAUGGUUGGGUUGUCGCUAUCCUGUUCUCGCCCUACGUGUUCCCAGUCACUGGCGAGAACUUGAAUUAUGCCCCCAUUAUCAUGGCUGGAGUCACCAUCUUGGCGUUGAUCUCCUACUUCAUGAUGCCUGAGAGUGCCUGGCUUCCUCAAGAUCGCAUUACUCACUUCAUUGAUACUAAGGGUGCUACGGAGACUGUGGAGGAACUUGGCUCCACUGACCAUGGCGAAUCGAACACUGGUCGAUGA